AUGACACCCGUCGGCGGCUGGAGGAACAAACCGACGCAAUGGCAAAGGCACCGGGACGCCGGCCUCUUCGCGGCCAUCGCGGAGUGCACCAUGCGAUCCGUUGGCGAGUUCGUGGCCCACGACGUGUGCGCCAUCUCCUGGGGCUUCGCAGCUGCUGGUGUCGCCGACAGGCGAUUAUUCGAGGCCCUCGCCGAGCACGCCCUGAGCAAGGGGCUGGUCCGGCGGCUGUCGCCGCCGCUGGCCGCCGAGCUCGCGUGGGGCUUCGCCGCCGCCGGCGUGCGCCACGCGCCGCUCUUCGCCGAGCUGGAGAGCCUCUGCCUCUCGCACGCCGAGGAGAUGGAGACCGAGGACGCCGCCGUCUUCGCCUGGGCCUUCACCGCGGCCGGGAUGUCCGACUCGAGGGUGUUCCGGGUGCUGGCGGCCUACGCCGAUCGCUUCGAGGGGCGGCUCCGCCCGGGGGAGGCGGACGUGAUGGCGUGGGCGCUGGCGGAGGCCCAGGUCCACGCCUGA